AUGGAAAAGGCGAUUAAACGAACAGUUGCGUUAAAGGUUCUGGAUGACUCGAGUGGAAUUGAUUUUGGAAAUUUUUUUAAUGAGUUUAAGCGUACAUAUGAUUGUAAGGAAUAUUGGGUAAAAACUGCUACUAUCAUUCGACUUUUUGGAGCUUCACAAGAUCCAGCUUCCAAAAACUUUAUUAUCGUCAUGGAAUACGUUAGUAAUGGUGAUUUGCAUAGUUACCUGGUUAAAAAUUUUAGUAGAAUUAGCUGGACGGAUAAAUUUAACAGUUUGUAUUACCUCUUUAACGGAAUUAAAAAAAUCCAUGAUGAAACAAUUAUUCAUCGCGAUUUACACGGUGGCAAUAUAUUAUUAAUGGAUAAUAAAGAAGAGAUAAUUUCGAGGGUCACCGAUUUAGGGUUUAGCCUUCCUGCCGCGGAACUAGAAGAAACGUCCGAACAGGGAAACAUAUAUGGAGUUAUCCCAUAUAUUGCACCAGAAAUCUUCCAGGGAAAACCUUUUUCUUACGCUUCGGACAUAUAUAGCCUAGGCAUGAUAAUGUAUCAACUGGCAUCAGGACACCGCCCUUUUCAUGACAGGGCACAUGAUGUACAUCUCGCGAUUGAUAUUUGUAAUGGAUUACGUCCCACAAUUACAGAAGACACACCGAAGUGCUGGUUUGAUUUAAUGAAAAAAUGUUGGCACCCUGAUCCUACAAAACGACCAAUCAUCGGUGAUUUAUUGAAUUCUUCUUCGGAAAAUUGUUUUUGGGAAUAUGAUCGCGAUUGCAAUGGGAAGAUCAAAGAUAAAUAUAUGCAAAUGAUUAACGAAGCAGAAGAAAAACGUAUAAAAAUGGUCGAAUCGGGAAUUCCCUUUUUAAAAGAUCUUGAAGAUGAACAUCCGAGUGCUAAUUACACUAGUAUUCUAUUAACUCCAACAAUAUCGACAAUCAAGUCACUCACAAGCUUAAUGGCCAGGUGA